CUCUGUAUUUAGAAUCUUAUCGCCUUCUAUGACUCACUCAUAUUUUGAAACUUCUUUGCAUAAAUUUUCAACCCAAUUACCUCGUUGGCUCUUUGUCCUUGACAUUUCUCACUCGCUCUUUGCUCUGCGCAGUUCGUGCAAAAGGAACCCAAUUUAGCUAACUAAGCACCAAUCUGAGGGGCUCUUUUCAGUUUUUUCACACUCAAAAAAGUUGCUGAAAACCGAGUGACUUAAUUUCUAGAGCUAACAAUUCACAGAGCUUAAAAAAAAAUGAAGUUUGGGAAGGAGUUUGCAACACAAAUGGUGCCAGAAUGGCAGAAAGCAUACAUGGAUUAUGGUUAUCUAAAAUCCCUCCUAAAAGAAAUCCAACGCAGCAAGCAAAGACACAAGCCUCCACCAGUUGCCACCACACCGCGCAGUCACCUCCUAAAGCGAAGGCUCACAUUGUACAGAGCCUUCAGUGGUCUCACGUCGCAAAGCCGUCACAACCAGCAGCAACCCAACAGCCCAUCCUCCAUAUCCCCUGUCGACAUCGAAAGCCAAGCCAUUCUUGUGAACUCUGUGAGACGUGAUGGCUCCGAGAGCUACCAGACCACGUUUCUAAUGGCUGCAGAGGAAGGGGGCGUGCAGGAGUUGGAGUAUUUUAGAAAGGUUGAUGAUGAGUUCAAUAAAGUGGACAAGUUUUAUAGGUCUAAGGUGGAUGAGGUGAUGAAGGAAGCUGCUGUGCUCAACAAGCAAAUGGAUACUUUCAUCGCGUUUCGCAUAAAAGUGGAGAACCCGCAGAGGCCGUUGGAUUGGUCAGUGGAGAUGACUCGUCUUGCUUCCGAUGUUGCUGCUUCAACAGCUGCCCUGGCAGCUUCCACUCCCCGCGGAGUCAGAGCAAGCAGGUGCGCAGCCAUGGCUAUGGAUGUGAUUGAAGAGAGUGGAUCAAAUAGCCAGGAGGAACAUUCUGGUGAUGAAGAAAAAAAUGGAAAAAAGACAGAGAAUAUUAAGAUUCAUGAAAAGAAGGCAGAGAACUUAAGAGACACUAGACCUGCACCACUGCACAUACUAAAUUAUGUGACAAUGAAUCACACUGUUGAGACUCCGCGUUCGACCAUUAAAGGCUUCCUCAAUGUGCCUCCACAGACAGAGCUCAAGUUCAGCAGAGAUAAUCUGAAGAAAGUUGAAGAACAGCUUAAAGGGGCUUUCAUUGAAUUUUACCGGAAACUUCGGCUUCUAAAGAGCUAUGGCUUCUUGAAUACGUUGGCUUUUUCAAAAAUCAUGAAGAAAUAUGACAAGAUUACUUCAAGAGAUACAUCAAAACCUUACAUGAAUAUGGUGGAUAACUCCUACCUUGGCAGCUCUGGGGAGGUUACCAAGCUUAUGGAGAGGGUUGAAACUACUUUCAUCAAGCAUUUCUCAAACUCAAAUCGCAGAAAAGGAAUGGCCGUCUUAAGGCCAAAAGCAAAGAUAGAAAGACAUAGGAUAACAUUUGCCAUGGGUUACUUUGCUGGCUGUACAGCUGCUCUUAUAUUAGCACUUAUUUUGAUGGUGCGUGCUCGCAAUAUUAACAAUGCCAACAAUCCUGAAUUUGACAAAGGAAAAACACAGUACAUGGAUAACAUGUUUCCCUUAUACAGCUUGUUUGGAUUCAUAUUUCUGCACAUGCUUAUGUAUGCCGGCAACAUAUACUUUUGGAGGCGGUUCAGAGUCAAUUACUCUUUCAUAUUUGGUUUCAAGCAAGGAACUGAGUUGGGCUACAGAGAGGUUCUUCUUCUCAGUUUUGGACUGGCAGUGCUAGCACUUGCUUCUGUGCUCUCAAAUCUUGACAUGGAAAUGGACCCCAAAACCAAAGAUUACAAAGCACUAACCGAACUUCUCCCUCUCUUCUUGGUUUUGCUUGUAGUUUUGAUAUUAUUAUGCCCCUUCAACCUCAUAUAUCGCUCAAGUCGCUACUUCUUCCUCGUUUGUCUGUUUCACUGUAUCUGUGCUCCUCUGUAUAAGGUCACACUCCCAGAUUUCUUCUUGGCAGAUCACUUAACUAGCCAGGUGCAAGCCAUUAGAAGUCUGCAAUUCUACGUUUGCUAUUAUGGUUGGGGAGACUACAAACUCAGACGAAACACUUGCAAAUCACAAGAUGUCUUCAACACUUUCACUUUCAUCGUUGCUUGUAUUCCGUAUUGGUCUCGUCUCCUUCAGUGCCUCCGCCGUUUGGUUGAAGAGAAAGAUCCCAUGCAAGGUUACAAUGGGCUGAAAUAUUUCUUCACAAUAGUAGCUGUUAGCAUGAGAACAGCAUACAGUCUUGAGAGUCUUAAAAAUGAAGUGACCUGGAAAGUUCUUGCUUGGAUUUUUUCAAUUGUUGCAGCAAUCUAUGUAACAUAUUGGGAUCUUGUUGUGGAUUGGGGACUUCUGCAACGGAAUUCCAAGAACCGCUGGUUAAGAGAUAAACUCUUGAUCCCUUACAAAAGUGUAUAUUUCGGAGCCAUGGUGUUAAAUGUGUUGCUGAGAUUUGCCUGGUUGCAGACUGUUUUGAAUUUCAAUGUUUCUUUCAUGCAUAGACAAGCCAUGAUUGCGGUUGUGGCCAGCUUGGAGAUAAUCCGUCGUGGGAUAUGGAGUUUUUUCAGGUUGGAGAAUGAGCAUCUGAACAAUGUUGGCAAGUACAGGGCGUUCAAGUCAGUGCCAUUGCCUUUCAACUAUGAUGAAGACCAAGGCAAACAUGAGUAGCCAAAGAAACUACAAUUUAAGAAGAAUGGAAAUCAGAAUCAGUGUUGGCCUUUUGUGAGGCAACAAGAUGCAACCUUUGAUUUUUGGAGUGGUCUAAAUGUUGCGAAAUGUGAGUAAAUGCACCGUUUAUAAAUAUAGAGGCUCAAAAUCCUGCAUGAAUACACUUCAUAGCUUCAUGUUCCUAAUGUUUUGCUCCUAGUAGAUUUUGGUCAAUGCACACAACGAAAGAGAAUGGAGCCACUUCUGCGUAAAUUUUAUAUUUACUUGACUUCUUAUGUGCUCAAAAGUAAACAGUAGAUGAUUAUUGAAUAUGAGAAAUGUGAAGUGAAUUGAGACUAUUGAUCAA